CAGAAGCGGCUCUUUAAAAAAAUAAAUUAAAAUAAACAAAAACGAAACGCCAUAAGAUAAAAUUGAAAAGUGAAAAAAAUAAGUGAUUGUUAAAAAAUUUUCUAUCAUCGGAAAAUGCUUCUCCAUAAUGGCGAUUGGGUUUGGAUUCGACCCGAGGAAAGUCAAAAUUUGGAAAGUACCGUUAUUUUUGCCGCCCAAAUUGUUCACAUCGAUAAGAAGGGACUGAUGUUAGUGAAGGAUGACGACAAAAAAGAGCAUUGGAUCAAGCAAAAAUGUGUUCUGAAGCCGUUGCAUCAAAGUUCCUUGAAUGAAGUUGAUGACAUGAUAUCAUUAGGAGACCUUUCUGAGUUCAGCAUUUUGAGAAAUCUACAUUUGCGGUAUCAAAAAAAGAAAAUUUAUACUUACACAAGCUCGAUGCUCAUCGCGAUCAAUCCUUAUGAGCAACUUCCGAUCUACAGUCAAAAAUAUCUGAAGCUGUAUCGAAAUAAAGGCAUUCACGAUGAAAUUCCUCAUAUUUUUGCAAUUGGAAAUUUGGCGUAUAACCAAAUGAGAAGCUCUCGGAAGAAUCAAGCGAUUGUAAUUAGCGGAGAAUCAGGCGCCGGCAAAACUGAAAGUACGAAACAAAUUUUACAAUUUUUAGCUUCUGUGAGCGGAAAAAAUUCUUGGAUUGAACAACAAGUAAUUGAAGCGAAUCCCAUCAUGGAAGCCUUUGGAAAUGCAAAAACCGUGAGAAAUGACAAUUCUUCGCGGUUUGGGAAGUACAUCGAAAUUUACUUUGACACGAAAGGCGCAAUUGUUGGAGCCAACAUCGACCAAUAUCUGCUCGAAAAGUCAAGAAUUGUCAGUCAAUCCACGAAUGAACGAAAUUAUCACAUUUUUUACGCAAUGUUAGCUGGCCUAAGUGUACCUGAGAAGAAAAAACUUGAACUUACCAUCGCCCGAGAUUAUCAUUAUUUGAUCCAAAAUAACUUUUCAGCAGCUGCAGAUCCAAAAAAUCUUCAAGAAUGGAAGAAAUUUUUCAAUGAAAUCAAAAUUGCCAUGGAAACGUUGAAUUUUCCUUCGACGAUCGUUCAAGAAAUCUUCAAAAUUCUCGCUGCGUUGCUUCAUUUGGGGAAUUUAACUUUCAAGGAUGUCAUAAUUCGCAACAAUGACGGCGUCGAAAUAGGAAGUCAGGAAAUUUUGACGAGAGUUGCUCGGUUUUUGGGACUUCCUGUGGAUGAAGUUGAGUUUGCCUUGACGUACAAGACAAUUUACGUUCAUGGAGAGAAAGUUAUAAUUCCUUUGUCACGAGAUCAAGCCUUGGAGGGAAGAGAUGCUUUUGUCAAAGCGAUUUAUGGAAAAAUAUUUCUUUUUGUCAUUGAGAUGAUUAAUAAGUCGACGUAUCAGGAGCUUCGGAGGAUAGAAAAUGUACAAACUUUGGGGAUUUUGGAUAUUUUUGGCUUUGAGAAUUUCGAGACGAACAGUUUUGAGCAACUUUGCAUCAAUUAUGCGAACGAAAGUCUUCAGCAAUUUUUCGUUAGACACAUUUUUAAGCUCGAGCAACAAGAGUAUUCAAGCGAGAAAAUAUCAUGGCAUCACAUCGAAUUCACCGAUAAUCAAGACAUUCUCGAGCUAAUUGGUCAAAAAAGCGUCAACAUUUUCUCCCUAAUCGACGAAGAAACACGUUUUCCUCAAGGAACUGACAAAACAAUGCUCUCCAAACUCCAUUCAACGCACGGAACGAAGACCCUUUACCUCAAACCAAAGUACGAAAACUCAAAUCUCUUCGGAAUUCAUCAUUUUGCGGGUCCCGUGUUUUACGAUUCGAAAGGUUUUUUGGAGAAAAAUCGAGAUUCCUUCAGUAUGGACUUGAAAGAAGUAAUUUUCUUGUCAAGUAAUCCGCUGUUGGUGACACUUUUCGAAGCAGAUCGAAAUAUUGACUCAAAUAAAAAGUCUUUGACACUUUCGACGCAAUUCAGGAACUCUUUGGAUACGUUACUGCGCACUUUGGGCGUUUGUGAGCCACUUUUUGUGCGAUGUAUCAAACCGAAUGAAUACAAAGCGAACAAUUUCUUCGACAAAGAACUCGUUUUGAAGCAAUUACGGUACUCGGGGAUACUCGAAACAGCCAAAAUACGCAAAGCUGGAUACGGAAUUCGACAUUUUUAUAAGGAUUUUGUCGGUUUGUUCUCGUGUUUGUUGAAUAAAUCUGAUGUAAAGACAGCUCGAGGCUCAGAUCGACAUAAAUUGAUAUCAAAAGCGAUCGUGGAUUACGUUUUCAAAGACAAAAACAUGCAAAAUUCCGUUGAAUAUGGACAAACGAAGAUCUUUCUCAAGGAAUUUGUCGAUUCGAAACUCAUGGAAAUGCGUGAAAAACUUUACGAACGCAGCGCAAUCACGAUUCAACGAUUUUACCGACGAAUUUUGUUCCAAAAAUGGCUGAAAAAGCAACGAAAAGCAGCAAUUACCAUUCAACGAGCAUGGCGUCGUCAUCAAACAAUCGCUAAAAUCACCAACAUCCAAAACGGCAUCUACCGUUUGCAGUCUCUCAUUAAGUCGCGCGAAGCAACACGACAAUUUCGCAUGCUUCGGAUGCGUUUGGUGCACUUUCAAUCGCACUGUCGUGGCUUUCUGACACGCAAAAAUUUGCAUAAACGCGUCGCCAUUCAAGAAAAUAAAUUAAAACUCGAGCUCAUUAUUCAGCGGCGGAAGGACGAAGUUGAUUUGCGGGAACGAGGCGAAGGCAAAUGGCGUGAAAUGGCGCAAGAAAAGUACUUGGCACGAUUGAAAUCCUUGAAGACGAAGGAGAAACGCGACGAAGAAAGCAAGAAAAUGCGAGUAGAAGAGGAAAUCAAAGUUGUUGAUGAUGAAUUUAGCUUUUUGAAUGGCAUGGAGAAGGAAGUUUUCGUUCCUCAAAAGACAGAAAAGACCUUUAAAAUAGAGAAUUAUACGCACAGUUACAAAGAAAAGGCGGAAAAAGACCCAAAAUCGAGUCAAAAGAAGGAAAAAACGAUAAAAGUUAAGAAAAUGAUGACAUUUUUUGAAGAGCAAAGUAGAUUGGUGAAAAAAAUUCCCAACAAAUUUCUGUCGAGACCUGUUAAUACGUACGAUUCAAGUAGAUUAUAAGUUCAAAAAAGUAAUAAA